UAAAAAAGCCCCCCCUCUCCCUUCUUCGACCCUCAACACUGAGCUCAACCCCGUGAAGUACCAAUGGCGACUGCUUUCACUCGCUCACACUUCUCUCCGUUGGCAGCAAAGAACCCUUCUUUUUCUCGAAUCAGUGGAGAAACCCGCGUCAAAGUUGGGGCUUUUAGAACCCUGGACCUCACGAGACCUUCACUAAUCUCAAGGCCCAAGUAUUGCAGGGCUGCGGGGGUUCACGCUAGCAGCGCGGAGAUACAGAGCAGUAGUGAAUCAGAGGCCGUUGCAUUGGGCGAGUUGGUGCCUCUGAGGUCGAGGAAUCGGGUGAGACGCCACACAAUAUCAGUGUUUGUUGGAGAUGAAAGUGGAAUAAUCAAUAGAAUUGCUGGAGUGUUUGCUAGACGGGGAUACAAUAUUGAGUCACUUGCCGUUGGUUUGAAUAAGGACAGGGCAUUGUUCACGAUAGUUGUUUCAGGGACUGAAAAAGUACUGCAACAAGUUGUGGAGCAACUUAAUAAACUUGUUAGUGUUUUAAAGGUUGACGAUUUAUCAAGGGAACCACAAGUGGAACGAGAAUUGAUGCUUGUAAAACUCAACGUUGAUCCAGACAAGCACCAGGAGAUCAUGGGUCUGGUUGAUAUUUUCCGAUCAAAAGUCGUUGAUAUUUCAGAAGAUUCACUGACCAUUGAGGUAACUGGAGAUCCUGGAAAACUUGCUGCUGUUGAAAGGAACCUGCGCAAAUUUGGAAUCAAAGAAAUUGCUAGAACUGGCAAGAUUGCUUUGAGACGUGAGAGAAUGGGAGAGAAAGCCCCAUUUUGGAGAUUUUCUGCUGCCACUUAUCCAGACCUUGAAGUGCCUAUAAGUCCACCUUUUGGGGCUAAUGGCAGAGCUGUCAAUGGUCAAUCUGAACUUCCAUCUGGGGGAGAUGUGUAUCCUGUGGAGUCUAAUGAGGAUUUUGCAAUGAACAAGGUUCUUGAUGCAAAUUGGGGUAACGUUUACAAUGAAGAUUCAAACGGUUUUUGUUCGCAUACACUGUCUAUUCUUGUAAGUGAUGCUGCUGGAGUUCUGAACAUUGUGACUGGAGUAUUUUCUCGCAGGGGCUAUAAUAUUCAGAGUCUUGCUGUUGGUCCUGCCGAGAAGGAAGGACUCUCUCGUAUUACUACUGUUGUUCCUGGAACUAAUGAGUCUAUUGGCAAGUUAAUCCAGCAACUUUACAAGCUUAUUGAUGUUCAUGAGGUUUGGGAUUUGACCCACAUGCCUUUUGCCGAAAGAGAGAUGAUGUUAAUAAAGGUUGCUAUCAAUACUGCUGCCCGAAGGGAUAUCCUGGACAUUGCUGACAUUUUCCGUGCGAAAGUUGUCGAUGUAUCUGAUCACACAAUUACACUUCAGCUUGCUGGAGACUUCUACAAGAUCGUCGCACUACAGAGGUUAUUGGAGCCUUAUGGCAUCUGUGAGGUGGCUAGAACUGGCCGUGUUGCGUUGGCUCGUGAGUCAAGAGUGGAUUCUAAGUAUUUACGUGGAUAUCCUCUUCCAUUGUAGUUUAGGUAGUUAUGCUUCCACAAGAGUGAGUUAGUUUUGUCCUCUAAAUAAGUGAAAUGUUAUUUCAAUCUCUCGAGGGAAGCAUAAGAAAUGUACAUUAGCUGUCUACAAUGACGUGUUGUAGCAUCUAUGUAUUAAUUGUGAUCUAAAAUGUGGAAACUUUUGUCUACUCUGUGUAUUAACUAUUUGAAUCAAAAUGUGGAAACUUUUGCAAGAGAA